AAAUCCUCCCCCCACUUUCCCGCUGUCGGCGUUUGCUUCCUCCGCCGCUCUUUUUUCCUCGGUCCAGGGUUCUGCUUGGUGACCAAUGAUUACAUCGCCAUGAACGGGAACAAGUUCAGUAAGACGGAAGAAGAGUUCAUCAAGAAGCACCAUAAACACGACGUUAAAGAAAAUCAGUGCAGCUCUUCGCUCGUUAAACACAUCAAAGCUCCGGUUCAUCUCGUUUGGUCUUUGGUGAGGAGAUUUGAUCAACCGGAGAAGUAUAAGCCAUUUGUUAGUAAGUGUGUUCUACAGGGUGAUCUUCAGAUUGGAAGUGUUAGAGAAGUCAAUGUUAAGUCAGGUUUGCCUGCCACAACUAGCAAGGAAAGGUUAGAGUAUCUAGAUGAUGAUGAGCAUAUUUUGAGCAUGAGGAUUGUUGGAGGAGACCACAGGUUGAAGAACUACUCAUCCAUUGUUACAGUUCAUCCCGAGGUCAUUGAUGGCAGACCAGGAACAUUGGUGAUCGAGUCAUUUGUAGUGGAUGUACCAGAAGGGAACACCAAGGAUGAAACAUGCUACUUUGUCGAGGCACUGAUCAAGUGCAACCUCAAGUCAUUGGCUGAUGUUUCAGAGCGCUUGGCUGUUCAGGAUCGGACCGAGCCAAUCAAAAGAAUGUGAAAAAUCUGGGUCCCUGUUAGCUUCAUCAAGGUAAUUGUUGCGGGUGACAAGCGAGAGACACUCUUGUUAUUAGAAGGCGGGAAGACAGUUUGGGGUUUCCUGCUAGCAUAGAGAACUUCUGUUUCCUUAUAUUUUUUAUGCUGCUUCUUUCAAUUAGAACAAUGAUCUUUAGGUGUACUGUGUUGAUAGUAGCUGACAAUUAAAACUCGUCCGCAGCCUACGGAUUUACUAAAUGAAGAAAUGAAUCAAAAAUUUCUGUGGUGUUUCUCUAUGUUGAAUAAUGGGGGUGGUGAAUUGGUAUUUGUUUG